UGUCUAAAGAAAGUGCACAGAAUACCUUCCGGUGGAGCUGUAGCACUAAAAAUGGCGGACACGUGCAGCCAAGUAAUAUUGGGGUCCGGGCUUACUGUCCUGUCUCAUCCUUUGAUGUACAUCAAAGUAUUGGUUCAGGUUGGACACGAGCCACUCCCUCCUACACUUGGCAGAAACAUAUUUGGCAGGCAGGUCUACCAAUUGCCUGGGCUGUUUGCUUAUGCAAAACACAUCAUCAAGAUUGAUGGAAAAGCUGGUCUCUUCAAAGGACUUGGUCCAAGGCUUUGUGCGAGCACCAUCGGCACUGUUGUGCAUAGUAAAAUUGUGCAGAAAUGUCAUGAACAAGGAGCACUUGAGAUUCUGGGAGGUCAGCAGAAGGCUGUGGAUGGCUCCUUACAACAUGUUGUUAAUGAGACAACCAAAGAGAUGAUAGCUCGUUCCUUUGCCACCGUCGUCACACAUCCCUUUCAUGUGAUUACAUUGCGUUGUAUGGUGCAGUUUAUUGGACGUGAAACAAAAUACAGUGGCGUCUUUGAUUCCAUUAUCACCGUCUACAGAGAGGAAGGCAUGCUGGGCUUCUUCACUGGAUUGAUCCCUCGUCUGCUUGGAGAUGUCUUUGCAUUGUGGAUUUGUAACCUGCUGGCUCACUUCAUCAACACCUAUGCGAUUGAUGAUUCGAUGAGCCACACAAGAGAAAUCAAGAACUGCUCUCAGUCUCUGACAGGGUUCUUUGCCAGCAUGCUCACAUACCCUUUUGUUUUGGUGUCAAACCUCAUGGCUGUCAAUAACUGCGGGCUCAUUGGAGGUCUUCCCCCCUAUGCAUCAGUAUAUCCGACCUGGGUGCACUGCUGGAAACAUCUAAGCAGAGAGGGCAAUAUGAGCAGAGGAAACAGUUUAUUCUUCCGGAAACUUCCAGCAGGAAAGCUGUACUCAACUGAUCAGAAAAGAUUUUUUUAAAAGAAAAGCAGGCAACGGUAGUUGUGUGAAUGCAAGUAAAAUAAAUCCAACAAGUCUCAUCUGCGGGGGCUCCCAGUCCAUUAUUUUUUAUGCACUUGUUCCGAUUUAAAGCAUAUUAUAUGCUUUAUAAAUUACAAAGAAUUUCCAAGUCAGUUUUUCGGAUUUGUAAGAACAUGACACUAAAUGGAAUUUAAUGGACCAAGUUAGUAAAAAAGAAAAACUCAAUGUUAUGACAGGUUGAUCGGUCAGCACCCGUCCCUAAUCUAUUUCUUUUCAUACAUGAUUCCUCGACAAUAGACAUUUUUUUUAAACGCGCUUCAUAUUGCAUGUUAAUGAUCAAAUGGGUUUGGCACGUGUUACUGUUUUCGUUUUUCAUAGUAUUAUUGUGGAAUAAGAAUGAUCAUUGUCCAAUCAUGUACUAUACAUGCAUAUGAAACUCCAGAUCUUUCUAUGACGGUUGUCAAGUGCUUCAAUCAGCUGAUUCUAAUACCUAAUAAAAGUAAACUUUGUGUCCA